AUGCCAGCCAUCCUGGUAGCCUCCAAAAUGAAGUCGGGACUACCUAAACCCGUACACAGCGCUGCUCCAAUCCUGCAUGUCCCAACGGCCAGGACCAUCCCACAGCCCUGUUACCUGAAGUUUGGGAACAAGGUGGAGGUGACGAAGCCAUUGUAUUCCAGCCAGAUUCCUCUCAAAUCUUCCAAUGGACAAGAAAACGCAGGAGAUGGCCUCCCAGCAAGGAAGAGUAGCUCGAUAGAAAAUGGAUUUGACACACAGAUUUAUACGGAUUGGGCUAAUCACUAUCUAGCAAAAUCUGGUCACAAGAGAUUGAUAAAGGAUCUACAGCAAGAUGUGACUGAUGGAGUCCUGCUAGCUGAAAUAAUCGAAGUUGUAGCAAAUGAGAAGAUUGAAGACAUCAAUGGCUGCCCAAAAAAUAGGUCUCAAAUGAUUGAAAACAUAGACGCAUGCCUGAGUUUCUUGGCUGCUAAGGGGAUUAACAUCCAGGGGCUGUCAGCAGAAGAAAUCAGGAAUGGGAAUCUAAAGGCCAUCCUGGGCCUGUUCUUCAGCCUGUCUCGGUACAAGCAGCAGCAGCAGCAGCCCCAGCACCAUCCAUCCCAGCAAGCAGGGCCUCCAUCUCAGUGCCAGGUGGGGGUCCCUCAGCAGCAGGUGCCAGCUCUGCUCCACAGUCCAUGCCAGCAGCCCCAACAAGCUGUGCAGCAUCAGUUCAAAGCACAACCAGAAAUGCAGUCCAGUGCAUCUCCCAGGGACUCAUCUCAAAGCAAAAUCAUCCAAUUCACUCUUGGUCAGAAAAGGUCUUCUAGACUUCCAGGUCCCACCAUGAGGGUGUCCGCUGCAGGCAGCGAGGCCAAAGCUCGUGGUUCCAUCAGUGCCAACAACCGACGCAGCCAGAGCUUUAACAACUACGACAAAUCUAAGCCUGGGCUUCUCCCUCCAACCCCAACAAGCAGCAAUGACAAAGAGCCUGCAGACAGCACGGCCUCCCAGCCCACAGGAAUGAAUGAAAAUGUCUCAUCCUCAGUACAAAGCUGCGGCAGUGCUGUUCCUUGCAAUAACUCCUCAGCCAUCCCUCAGCCCAGCUCUGCUAUUAAACCUUGGCGCAGCAAGUCCCUCAGUGCCAAGCACACAGCGACGUCUUCCAUGCUAUCCGUGAAGCAGCCAGCAGUGGAGCCUCCAAAGCCGCCCUCGGAAAUCGCCAAAACAGCUCCCAACGGUCAAAAAUCCAUGCUGGAAAAACUAAAACUCUUCAACAGCAAAGGGGGUUCCAAAGCAGGAGUGUCCGGGACAACGCUGGAGUGUCCGGGCUCUCGGGACAACAGCUGUGAAAAGCUGGAGGUGCUUCUCAGCUUUGAGGAGAGCGAAGAAAUUGAUACCACCAACCAGAAUGUGAACAACCUGGGAUCGAUGUCCAACAGCCCCAAAAUUGCACUCAAGGGAAUUGCACAAAGGACUUUCAGCCGCGCACUGACUAAUAAGAAAAGUUCUCCAAAGGGUAAUGAGAAGGAGAAAGAGAAACAAAAAGAGAAAGAAAAGGAUAAAAGUAAAGAUAUUACAAAGAGAACAUCUAUCACCGAGAAGCUAGAGCUGAAGGCGGAACCUAAAGAAGAACAGACAGCACUAACAACAACAACAGAGAUGCCAAAAAAGUCCUCCAAGAUCGCAAGCUUUAUCCCUAAAGGAGGGAAGCUGAACAGUGCCAAGAAGGAGGCCUCUGCCCCUUCGCACAGCGGAAUACCAAAACCAGGAAUGAAAAACACCACAGGGAAAUCCUCAACUGCCCCUGUUCCUGCAAAGGAAGGCGAGAGGAGCCGUGGCGGGAAAGCCAGCUCAGGGCUCUCGCAUCAGAAGUCCCAGCUGGACAGCCGUCAUUCCAGCUCCUCCUCCAGCCUGGCUUCCUCCGAGGGGAAGGGCGUCGGGGGCCUGCACAGCAGCAGCAGCAGCCAGGCUGUCAACGGGCCCGCGGUGACCACGCACACCACGGGCAGCAACACCGUGAGCGUGCAGCUACCUCAUCCCCAGCAGCAAUACAGCCACCCCAACACCGCCACCGUCGCGCCCUUCAUGUACAGAUCUCAGACAGACAAUGAAGGGAAUGUAACAGCUGAGGCCAGCACAGGAGGGGUCAGCAUGGAUUCUGCUCUUUAUGUCAAAACUGCCCAGCCUGCCCUCGAGGACCUCUCAGGAGAGGAUCCGGAGACACGGCGGCUGCGAACUGUGAAGAACAUCGCUGACCUUCGGCAGAACCUGGAGGAAACCAUGUCCAGUUUGCGGGGAACCCAGGUCACCCACAGCACAUUGGAGACCACGUUUGACACAAACGUCACCACCGAGAUCAGCGGUCGCAGCAUCCUCAGCCUGACAGGGCGGCCAACGCCGCUGUCCUGGCGGCUGGGCCAGUCCAGCCCGCGGCUGCAGGCCGGCGACGCGCCAUCCACGGGCAACGGCUACCCGCCGCGGGGCAACGCCAGCCGCUUCGUCAGCGCGGAGCCGGGCGCCACGCGCUACCUGUACUCGGCGCCGCUGCGGCGGCAGCUGGCCACGCGCGGCAGCGGCAUCUGCCACGUGGACAUCGCUGACAAGGCUGGCGACGACAUCGACCUCGAAGGCAUCGCCAUGGAUGCCACUGGCUACAUGAGCGACGGUGAUGUGCUGGGCAAGAACAUCAGGGCUGAUGACAUCACCAGUGGGUACCUGACGGACGGCGGGCUGGGGCUGUACACGCGGCGGCUGAACCGGCUGCCCGAAGGCAUGGCCACGGUGCGGGAGACGCUGCAGCGCAGCACGGCCUUGAGGCUUGGUGACGCCGACAGCUGGGAUGACAGCAGCUCUGUCAGCAGUGGGAUCAGUGACACAAUAGAUAAUCUCAGUACUGAUGACAUUAACACCAGCUCCUCUAUCAGCUCCUAUGCCAACACACCUGCCUCCUCCCGCAAGAACUUAGAUGCACAGACCGAUGCAGAAAAGCAUUCCCAGGUGGAGCGGAAUUCCUUAUGGUCCAGUGAUGAAGUCAAGAAAUCUGAUGGGGGAUCUGAUAGCGGCAUAAAAAUGGAGCCGGGAUCCAAAUGGAGGCGGAAUCCCUCUGAUGUGUCAGAUGAGUCUGAUAAAAGCACUUCUGGUAGGAAGAACACUGUUAUUUCCCAGACGGGCUCCUGGCGACGGGGCAUGUCAGCUCAGGUUGGCAUUACCACACCAAGGCCUAAACCUUCAACCACCUCAGGCAUGUUAAAGACACCUGGAACAGGGAAAACUGAUGACGCCAAGGUAUCAGAAAAGGGUAGACUAUCUCCUAAAGCUGGACAUGUUAAACGUUCCCCAUCAGAUGCAGGACGCAGCAGUGGUGAUGAAUCCAAAAAGCUUCCCACAAGUAACUCUAGGACAGCUGCUGCUAAUGCUAAUACUUUUGGAUUUAAGAAACAGAGUGGGUCAGCCAUAGGCAUGACCAUAAUCACUGCCAGUGGGGCAACUCUCACCAGUAGAUCGGCUACCUUGGGAAAGAUCCCCAAGUCAUCUGGACUCAUGGGUAGGACCACUGGUCGGAAGACUAGUGUUGAUGGCUCCCAGAACCAGGAUGAUGGCUACUUAGCACUUAGUGCACGAACUAAUCUGCAGUACCGUAGCUUACCCCGGCCCAGUAAAUCCAGUAGCAGAAGUGGAGCUGGGAAUAGAUCUAGCACGAGUAGCAUAGACUCCAACAUAAGCAGCAAGUCAGCUGGGUUGCUUGUCCCUAAAAUCAGAGAGCCUGCCAAGGUUAUCCUUGGAAGCUCUCUGCCAGGAUUAGUCAAUCAGACUGAUAAAGAGAAAGGGAUUUCGUCUGACAACGAAAGCGUGGCUUCAUGUAAUUCUGUUAAAGUGAACCCUGCAUCACAGCCUGCUGCUAGCGGAGCUCAGAGUACCCACCAGCAAGGAGUCAAGUACCCCGAUGUGGCCUCUCCCACUCUGCGCAGACUUUUUGGUGGCAAGCCUAGUAAACAAGUUCCCAUCACAACAGCUGAAAAUAUGAAAAACUCAGUAGUGAUCUCCAACCCUCACGCUACCAUGAAUCAGCAGGGUAACCUUGACUCCCCAUCUGGCAGUGGUGUGCUGAGCAGUGGGGGCAGCAGUCCCCUCUAUGGUAAAAACACUGAUCUCAACCAGUCUCCACUGGCUUCCAGCCCCAGUUCUGCACACUCGGCUCCUUCCAACAGUUUGACAUGGGGUACCAACGCCAGUAGUUCUUCUGCAGUUAGCAAGGAUGGUAUUGGAUACCAGUCUGUCAGCAGCCUUCACACCAGCUGCGAAUCCAUAGACAUCUCCCUGAGCAGUGGAGGUGGGCUGAGCCACAACUCCUCCAGUGGCUUGAUUCCAGCCUCCAAGGAUGAUUCUCUGACUCCCUUCGUCCGAACCAACAGUGUUAAGACUACGUUGUCUGAAAGCCCUCUUUCUUCCCCUGCUGCUAGCCCCAAAUUCUGCCGAAAUACUUUGCCCAGGAGACAGGACAGCGACCCACAUCUUGAUAGGAACACUUUGCCUAAGAAGGGACUCAGGUAUACUCCAUCCUCCCAGCUCCGCAGUCAAGAGGAUGCAAAGGAAUGGCUCCGGUCCCAUUCAGCAGGAGGAUUGCAGGAUACUGCUGCCAAUUCUCCAUUUUCAUCUGGAUCCAGCAUAACUUCACCCUCUGGAACUAGAUUCAACUUCUCGCAGCUUGCGAGCCCCACGAGCGCGGCGCAGAUGAGCCUGUCCAACCCCAGCAUGCUGCGCACGCACAGCCUGUCCAACGCCGACGGCCCCUACGACCCCUACGGCGACACGCGCCUCCGCAACAGCUCCAUGUCCCUGGACGAGAAGAGCCGCACCAUGAGCCGCUCCGGCUCCUUCCGCGACGGCUUCGAGGAGGUGCAUGGCUCUUCUCUCUCUUUGGUGUCCAGUACAUCAUCUAUUUAUUCUACACCUGAAGAGAAGUGCCAGUCAGAGAUUCGCAAGCUGCGGAGAGAAUUGGAUGCAUCCCAAGAAAAAGUGUCAGCUCUGACAACUCAGCUGACUGCUAAUGCUCACCUGGUGGCAGCUUUUGAGCAGAGCCUGGGGAACAUGACAAUCCGAUUGCAGAGCCUGACCAUGACAGCAGAACAAAAGGACUCGGAACUGAAUGAGCUAAGGAAGACAAUUGAGCUCCUGAAGAAACAAAAUGCUGCUGCUCAGGCUGCCAUCAAUGGAGUCAUCAACACACCUGAGCUCAACUGCAAAGGUCCUGGAGCUGCUCAGCCCACGGACCUGCGGAUCCGGAGGCAGCACUCCUCGGACAGUGUCUCCAGCAUUAACAGUGCCACCAGCCACUCCAGUGUGGGCAGCAACAUCGAGAGCGACUCCAAGAAAAAGAAGAGGAAGAACUGGGUCAAUGAGUUACGCAGCUCCUUCAAGCAAGCUUUUGGGAAAAAGAAAUCUCCCAAGUCAGCAUCUUCUCAUUCAGACAUUGAGGAGAUGACUGAUUCUUCCUUACCUUCCUCACCAAAGCUACCACACCACAACACCACUGUUUCAACACCACUGCUGAGAGCUUCCCAUUCCAAUUCCCUUAUUUCGGAGUGCACGGACAGCGAGGCUGAGACGGUGCUGCAGCUGCGCAACGAGCUGCGGGACAAGGAGAUGAAGCUGACAGACAUCCGCCUGGAGGCCCUCAGCUCUGCCCACCAGCUGGACCAGCUGCGCGAGGCCAUGAACAGGAUGCAGACUGAGAUUGAAAAGUUAAAAGCAGAGAAUGAUCGGCUGAAAUCUGAAAACCACGGCAGCUGUAGCAGGGCUCAGUCUCAGGUUUCCAUCUCCUCCUCUCCCAGACACUCAGUGGGUCUCUCUCAACACAGCCUGAACCUCACGGAGUCAACCAGUCUCGACAUGCUCUUGGAUGACACUGGAGAUGGCUCUGCCCGGAAAGAAGGCGGCAGGCACGUCAAAAUAGUUGUCAACUUCCAGGACGAGAUGAAAUGGAAGGAGGAUUCCAGGCCUCGCACCUUCCUCAUAGGCUGCAUUGGAGUCAGUGGGAAGACCAAGUGGGAUGUUCUGGAUGGGGUUGUAAGACGCCUGUUUAAGGAGUACAUCAUCCACGUGGAUCCCGUGAGCCAGCUGGGGCUGAACUCAGACAGCGUUCUGGGCUACAGCAUCGGGGAAAUCAGGCGCACCAACAGCGCUGAGACCCCGGAGCUGCUGCCCUGUGGGUACCUGGUUGGAGAAAACAACACUAUCUCAGUUACCAUCAAAGGUAUCUGUGAGAACAGCCUGGACGGGCUGGUGUUUGAGUCGCUGAUCCCCAAGCCCAUCCUGCAGCGCUACGUGUCCCUGCUGAUGGAGCACAGGAGGAUCAUCCUGUCUGGCCCCAGUGGCACGGGCAAAACUUACCUGGCCAACCGCCUGUCUGAGUACAUGGUGCUCAGGGAGGGCAGGGAGCUGGCCGAGGGCAUCAUCGCCACCUUCAACGUCGACCACAAAUCCAGCAAGGAACUCCGCCAGUACCUGUCCAACCUGGCAGACCAGUGCAACAGUGAAAAUAAUGCUGUGGAUAUGCCUCUUGUCAUCAUUUUGGAUAAUUUGCACCAUGUUAGCUCCCUAGGAGAGAUCUUUAAUGGACUCCUAAACUGCAAGUACCACAAAUGUCCGUAUAUUAUUGGCACAAUGAACCAAGCCACCUCCUCCACACCUAAUCUUCAACUUCACCAUAAUUUCAGAUGGGUGCUGUGUGCAAACCACACUGAGCCAGUCAAAGGCUUUCUCGGCCGUUUCCUGAGAAGAAAACUGAUUGAAACAGAGAUCAGUGGCAGGAUGAGGAAUGCAGAGCUGGUUAAGAUUAUUGAUUGGAUUCCCAAGGUCUGGCAACAUCUGAACAAAUUCUUGGAGGCUCACAGCUCCUCUGAUGUUACUAUUGGUCCACGGCUCUUCCUUUCCUGUCCAAUAGAUGUAGAUGGUUCUAGAGUUUGGUUCACUGACUUGUGGAACUACUCCAUCAUUCCAUAUCUUCUGGAGGCAGUAAGAGAAGGGCUACAGUUGUAUGGGAGGAGAGCGCCCUGGGAGGAUCCUGCCAAGUGGGUCAUGGACACCUACCCCUGGGCAGCCAGCCCCCAGCACCACGAGUGGCCUCCUCUGCUCCAGCUGCGGCCCGAGGAUGUGGGCUUUGAUGGCUACUCCGUGUCCCGGGAAGGCUCCACCAGCAAACAAGUUCCAGUGAGUGAUGCUGAAGGAGAUCCUCUGAUGAACAUGCUAAUGAGACUGCAGGAGGCAGCCAACUACUCCAGUCCCCAGAGUUAUGACAGCGACUCCAACAGCAACAGCCAUCACGAUGACAUCCUGGAUUCCUCUCUGGAGUCAACAUUGUGAUCUCCCUCAGACAGAAGUUGUUUCCACUUGGCAAGAGCCCUGAUCACAGACUGAUGAAAAGAAUAUGUUCCUGGGCUGGAAUCUCAGUAUUAAGAGCUGCAAGAACAAGACACUUGGAGCAAUCUUGAACCUGGGUGCAGGCAACCCAAGUGACCUUUCUAUUGUUUUUAUUUUGGCGAUGAUGAGAACUGCACUACUUCUUUGUUUCCUUCUUUUUAGUUGCUGUAAGCUCUCAUGCCUAAGAUCCUGAAGAUAUUAAAAAUAGUCAUCAUUACUAAGUCGAAGGGACUGGGGUGGGGGGCAACGUCACAGCUGUGAAGCAAAUAGCUUUGUGCCAUGUGCUGUCUGGAAAGAGAGGGGAGAGGGAAUAUUUGCCUAUGCUGCUUCUGACCAAACACAUUUACGUGAGGGCUGGACUAUUACAAAUCAGCUUUGUGGGUUAAACUCAGCUUCAUAUAUUUCUGGUGCUAUAAAAAUAUCGCUUGCCUCUAUAAUAAUACUCAAUGAAGGCAAAGCUGCAAAACAGGAAAGUUUGAAUAAAUAUUAAAAAAAGAGAAAAGGAGAAAAAGAAACUAAAACAAAAAGCGCUGCUCUCCUUGCCAGUCUGAGACCUUGGCUUUCUUUCAUUGUGUGUUUAUAAAGAUUAUAUAUAUAUAAAUAGGAAUAUAUAAAAAUAUAUAUACAGUCUGAAUCUGAACAAAUCAGGUUUUUUUCAAACACUGUGUAGCAAUCACUCCUGCUACAAGUGAAAGAUCAGGUAGCCUUUUGCUAGUCAGGGCCCAAUUCUCUUCCCACUUACAUCUACACCACCAGCUGGACUGACUUCUGUGGCAUUUACACCCCACUAAUCCACCCUGAAGAGAGGGGGCUUCCCACCUUCACAGAAGUCAGUGGCAGGGCUGUGCCCCAUGGAGUCCUACAGCUCCAGAGGACCCUUGGCAGUGCACAGGUAUGGUGA